AUGAAUUAUAUAGCUUUGGCCGUCGCUGCCUCGUUGUACGUCGUUUCUGCGCAACUCGGCAAUGACCCCGGUUUGCCUUUCGAGAUCAUAGCAGCAGCGGAAGCACGGGACAGUAAACCGGAGAAUAUUUUAGCAGCUCGAGAUUCAGAAACAGUGGUGGUGGCAGCCAAUGAUACGUCCGUUUUCACACAGAAUGAUACUGCUUUUGGGACUGACCUCAACGAUACGGUAAUAGCAGCCGAUACAAAAGGCAGUGAUACAGCACCAAACAAAAGCGCACCAAAUCCAGGCAAAAGUCUGGCUGAUGCGGGAAACCUGAAAACUACAACUGAGAAAGCCGAUACGAAGAACGAGAAGAAAACGUCCACUGAAAAACCAAAAAUCGACCAAAAGCAGCAUGCGAAAGAAAACAGCCCUGAAUAA